AUGACCAUCCCAAUCAGCACAAUAACCACCUUCCGCACAGCCUACAACCCCUUCAUGCGUGCCUCAAGACCCUGCCGCCUCUUCCUAGGCAUGCUGCGCACACCAAACACAAUCCCAACUAGCAGCCCGACCCACAUCGACAUCCAGGUCAAGCAAUUGCCGCGCGAGUCGACGGCCAGCCCGACUAUGACUAUCGGCUUUAAGGGCGGGAAGGAGCUUACUCUUGAUGUUGGGAAGCGUGGGCUUAAGAUUGGCGAUGUUAUUGAAGAGGUUUCUAGGGUUGGGCGGGCUUUGCAGCGUGAGGCUAGUCUUAAGGGCUAG